UGCAUGGGUAUAAUGGUAUUUGUGGUAUGUUGUGAUUAAGCUACAAUUUUAUCAGCAUUAAGGUUCGAUUUGUCAGCAGAAUUGGGACGCAGGUGGACUGGAGCAAAGAGGCUGUGUGCGCGCGCAGCGGCCGCGGGGCGCCGAGCCGAGCGCGCGGCAGUCGUCAUGCGGCGCGCCAGGAGCGUCACGGGGCCGUUGCGGCGCGCUCACCCAGCCUCGGGCGCCACCUGGAAUGUCCAGGUGGUGCGGGGUAAGAUGUCGUCGCAGUGCUUGUGGCACGCGUGCCGGGCGCUGUCUGCCGGCUUGCUGCUGAUGUUGCUGGGCGCCGCGAUGGCUGUCAUAGGUUACUAUGCGGACACGCUGUCGGUGGCGCAGGAGGUGCGAGGAAACGCCACGAUUUCCGUCAAAGAUGAAGCGCGGGGUUUCCACCUCAACAAUCUCUCAUAUGCAGGGCCUAUAGUUAUGGGGUUUGGAGGUUUCAUCGUGGUAGCCGCGUGCGUGAUGACGUUCGAGGCGCGCGACAGCGCCGCCAAGGUGACGCCUGCACGGCCGCAGUCGCUGCCGCGGCCGACGGCACGCCGCAUGCAGGGCUGUGCGGCGCCCGCACGCCUCGACCAGCUCGGUGUGUACCGACUGCCGCACGCGCUGCCGCUGCCGCAUGCCUUGCCACUCGCUCCCAUUCACAGGCACCGACCGCCGCAUGCAAUCAGAAACCGCGAGGAGAAAGUGCGAUGGCGCGCCCGGUUCGGGUCUGCGCCGGACCUGCGCGGAGGGGGCGCGCGGCCGGCGCCGCCCGCCAGCACGCUCCGCCGCCCGCUCCGCCGCUACGCGCUCUCUGUAGACGAGCCGCCCCAGUCCGCCGUCAGUGCUAGCGCAGCAGAGUCGGAGUGUGGCUCGCAGUCAUCGUUGGCGAUGGAUCUGCAUGGCAGCGGCGCGUGCGGCGUCACGCUGCGCGUGCAGGACAACACGCGACGUCGCCCACUCGCACGCCAACAGCGGCUUAGAGACGAUGGCAUGCAUCCAACACCGGGCCAAAGUACUUGCAAUGUUAACAAUAUAGAAGAUUGUGAAAAAAGGCAAAGCGGAGAGACAACAGAUUGUGUGGAAAUGGUGCACCUAACGGCCGAGAGCGAGGUGCGCGCGAAUAGCGCCCCCCCGCCGCUGAGCGAGUGUUCCGCGCCCAGCUUUCCGCAGGUGGCGGUGACGGCCGCAAGCGCGCCGUGCCCCGCGUCCCCCGCCUCGCCUGACCCCUGCGACACCCGCAUCCUCAUCGAGCCAAGAGACGAGCCUCCGCCCGACGACUGAGAACGACCAUCUCGGCCCUCCGAGACCGACGCUCUAGCCCUCAAAAAUAACCCUUGUUAAACAUAUUUUGUAUACAUUAUACAAUUUUAGUUAUACUUUAUUCUAUAAAUUUAACGUAAAUAUUGUUCAGGACUUUUCGAUGUGUCUUCGAAAAACGACGACAAUUAUCUAUUUUUUAGAUCCACUGUUGUAGCCUAAAUGAUAAUAUGUAUUACGACAUUAUCAUUUAGGAUAAUAUGUUGUAUAAGCUUAACUCUUAGCAUAAUAUAGUAUUUAAUUACAAGGAGUGGUCGCGUGAAGUAAAGGUCGCUCGGUCGCUGCGGGUCGUUUUAACACAACCGAAAUGUCCUCAUGGCUGAGGACACAUACGACAACUUUCUUGGCACUAUUAAUGGAGUGGUUUGCCAUUGCAUUUUCCAUUUCACACACAAUUUAAUAAUCAACCAGUGCGCAGGUUUCCUCACGAUGUUGUCCUUCACCGGAAGUAAAUGGUGGUCUAUGAAAAGUAUACAUGAGAUUGCCACAUAAGGUUGUAUACUAAAAAGCAAGUGGCACGAGAAGGAUUCUCGAACCUGUGACCUUUCGAUCUACAAGCCUUAGCUUAACCAUUACACCACACCACUUCUUAUAAAAAGGUACACGCGUGUGAAAAACCAGUACCGCUAUUUUAUUGAUGCUACAAACUAUAAUUAGGUAUUUACCGCGUAGGCUAUUGAGAGCAUCCUACAUCACAAAAGUAUUUCGUACUUGUAGAGUUUAAUUUAUAAUUUGUAUACACGAUAUACCCCACAGGAUAAAAAGGAUGAAUCAAAAAAUUCCGAGAAUAAAUAAGAAUUUCCCAUCAGGCGCCAUGACGCCACACCAUCCCACACACCGUGCGCUUUUGAUGUUUUCGUAGCGGUCGUAGCAGAUCGUAGCAUUGCGUAGCAAUAGUUGUAGCAAGUAUAUUUGAAUGCACAUUGUGGUUGCAUUUACUUAUUUCAUUAUAAGAUAUGUGGAAAUGGCCUUCCUGUAUCAAACAUAAUCCACUAAAAUAAAGUAGUAGAUAACAAUAAUACGAAAAUUAAGUGAUCUUUUAAAUAAAACCAUUCGUCUUUUUUUACACAAGAACACAUAAGUAAUUAUGUAAAAAAGACUGAUAAAGCGAAUUUUAUAUAUAAAAAAGAAAUUAAAAUGGAUAGUGAAGGUUCUAGAGAAGGAUCUAUUCAUAUUUAUUUACGAAAGUAUUUAGAAAUAGUUACAGUCAACUUAGCUAUUAUUAUAAGGAAUCUAGUUCCAUGUCUAGUUUCGGAUUCAGUUGAGAUUCGUGUGGUAGUGAAUGUUUUGGACCUUGUUGGCUGUAUCUAUCUCAUACGCACUAUCGUAGCUGUAAAUACAAGUAAACAUACUAGAAUUUUCUUUUAGCUAGUAAAACUUAAUUUUGUUUUAAUACCUAAAUCCUCUAAAAUUGUAAUAAAACAUUUGUCAAUUGUCAACCUGUUGGAAAGAGAAUUAUUCAUAACUAAGUAUUUAAUAACUAAUUGAUUUGUAUCGCUUUAUCAAUACGAAAAAAUGAAUUAAAACUGAAGAAAUAUAAAAUAUAAUUGUGAUAAAAUUUCUGAAUUAUUAUCAGAUAUAAUCAAUGAUAAGUCAAUAUUUGCACGCGAUUUUUGUAGGUUGUAAGAUGUUACUACAUUUUACUUUGAUAUGAUGAUGACCUCUCCAAUAUGUGUUAGAUAUUAUAAUAUUAAGUAUAUCAAAUAUGUUACAGUGAAAACGUGUCAUUAUUAUAGGAAUUGUGGCAGUCAUCGGGAAGAAAUAAAUUUUGAUACGUUUUCACUGUAAUAACUACCUAGUUAUUUAAUUUUUUGCUCUAAACUGACAAUACCCCAUUUAUAGAUUGUAUUAAAAUCCUUUUAGCACAAGAGAGAGACACUUAGACUCUCGCUCUUUAAAUGUCUAUAAUUAUUUAUAUAUUAUUUUCCAAUAUGUAAACCAAUACUAUCAUAGAGAAGUUAAUACUAUUAAGGUUAUAUUAGUUACCUUUUGAAUAACUUUUUUUUAAUUAACGAGCUUCGGAUGAAACCGUGUUACCGUGAAACUUUGCUUAUUUAAAGUAAACUAUACAAACUCGCAUGGCCUAGUAUUGAAUAUCGAAAUCGAAUUUGUAUAAAAUUAAUCAAGUUAUUACAUACCUAUAAGUACAAAUAUACCUGAUAAAGAUCUGUACGAAAAUCGCACUUAAUAUCAUUGUGUGUGUAAUACUUCUUUCAUUAUUGAAUUUUAGUGUUCCUCAUGAUCUAGAAAACUUGUAAAUAAGCCGAUUUCUGCCUCAAGAAACAACUAUUUUGUAAUAUAAUGACUUUCAUAUUUUUCAAAAAAAGAAGUUAAAUAACAACUCAGUAAGCGCAUGAGCUUUGAUUAGCACUCUAUUCUUUAUAACGUUCAUUAUGUUGAUACAUUAUAAUAUAAUUCUUAAAUAGGUAUGAAUAUUAGUAAAUGUAAUUCAAGGUAUCAGUAAAUUAAGGUCCACGCGACAGUUUUGUCAAUGUCUGAUCGACUGAUCCGCCAAUUCUGGCCAAUUCAUGUAGAUAAUAAUACUUUUAUACAACUUGAAAUUUACAUUAAAGUUAUUGAUGGUAAGCAUAAGCAAUUCUUGUAAUAAAUUAAUAUGUAUAAUGUAUGAUAAUGGUGUGUAAUCAAUCCAAAUUGUUGUUGUGAUGUCUAUUAAACUUG